AUGGAGCGUCCCGGCGACUCGAGCAACGGCACCGACUUCGUCGCCGUGCGGGUCACCUCCGCCGGCUCCGACGGAAUCCGCAGCCUGCCGGGCAGCGACGCCUCCGACCGCAACAUCGGCGGCGGCGUCGGGCCGCGGCGGGCAUUGAGCUUCAGCCAGGCCUACAAGAUGCGCCACCGGACACCACAGGUGUUCACGGCGUGGCAGACGGUGGUGCUGAGCUUCCAGUCGCUGGGGAUCGUGUACGGUGACUUGGGCACGUCGCCGCUGUACGUCUUCUCCUCCAUCUCCCUCCCGGCGCCGCCCGACGAGGCUGAUCUCCUGGGCAUCCUCAGCCUCAUCCUGUGGACGCUGACGCUCAUGAGCCUCGUCAAGUACGUGCUCAUCGUGCUCCGCGCCGACGACCACGGCGAAGGCGGCACCUUCGCGCUCUACUCGCUGCUCCGCCAGCACGUCAGCUUCAAGGCCGGCGCCGGCAUGCCCGCCGCCCAGGUCACCCGGCUCGCCUCUGACCUCGACCUCAAGUUCCACAGCAAGAUCAUGAGGAAGAAAGGGUCCUGGAUCCAUGGCUUCCUGGAGCGCAGCGUCGCGGCGCAGGCCUGCAUCACUUACACUGUUCUCCUCGGCACCUGCAUGGUCAUGGGCGACGGCGCCCUCACCCCGGCCAUCUCCGUCCUCUCCGCCGUCCAGGGCAUCCAGUCAAGAUCCCCCCAAAUCGAACAGAAGCACGUGGUGAUGAUGAGCGUGGUGAUCCUGCUGCUGCUGUUCCUGUUCCAGCAGAUGGGCACGAGCAGGGUGAGCUUCUCCUUCUCCCCGAUCAUGAUCGCCUGGUUCGUCUCGCUCUCCAUGAUCGGCCUCUACAACAUCGUCCAGCACUACCCGCCCGUGCUCAAGGCCGUCUCGCCGCACUACAUCUACUACUACUUCGCCAAGAACGGCGCCGCCGGCUGGGAGCAGCUGGGCGCCGUCAUCCUCUGCAUCACCGGCGCCGAGGCCAUGUUCGCCGACUUGGGCCACUUCAACAAGGCCUCCAUUCAGAUGGCGUUCUCGGUGCUGGUGUACCCGUCGCUGAUCCUGGGCUACUCGGGGCAGACGGCGUACCUGAUCAAGAACCCGGGCGACAUGGGCACGGCGUUCUACAGCAGCGUCCCGGGCCCGCUGUUCUGGCCCAUGUUCGUGGUGGCGACGCUGGCGGCCAUCGUGGCGAGCCAGUCGCUCAUCUCCGCCAGCUUCUCCAUCAUCCGUCAGUCCAUCGCGCUCGGCUGCUUCCCCCGUGCCACCGUCCGCCACACCUCCGACGAGUACGAGGGCCAGGUCUACUGCCCCGAGAUCAACUACCUCCUCAUGGUCCUCUGCAUCCUCAUCACCGUCGGCUUCCAGGGCGGCCCCCAGAUCGGCCAAGCCUUCGGUGUGGCGGUGAUCUGGGUGAUGCUGAUCACGACGGCGCUGAUGACGGUGGUGAUGGUGGUGAUCUGGGAGGUGCACGCGGUGUGGGCGGGGGCAUUCUUCUUCGGCUACCUGGCGAUCGAAGGGAUGUACAUGAGCUCGCUGAUGAACAAGGUGUCGCAGGGCGGGUGGGUGCCGUUCGCCAUCUCGGCCUUCUUCCUGGCGGUGACCCUGUCGUGGACCUACGGGCGGAAGAAGAAGGGCGAGUACGAAGCCAAACACAUGGUGGGCGGCGAGGAGCUUUCUGCCCUGGUGGGGAGCUGCGCCAGGGUGCCCGGGGUCUGCUUCUUCUUCACCGACCUCAUCAACGGGGUUCCCCCCAUCGUGCGCCACUACGCCGAGCACACGGGAUGCCUCCGCGACCUGCUGCUCUUCGUGACCGUCCGGACGCUGCCGGUGAGGUCCGUGCUCCCCGAGGAGCGGUUCCUCGUGGCGCCGGUCAUGGCCGCUGCGGCGGCCGCGGACGACGACGAGAUGAUGACGAUGACGGUGGGGGUGUACAGGUCCGUGGUGCAGUACGGGUACAUGGACAAGCAGGACAUGGAAGGGGACGAGUUCUUGGACUCCGUGGUCGCCGCGCUCAAGGAGGUCGCCGGCGGCGGCGAGGAAGAAGCCGAGAUGAUGGGGCUGGCCUGGAGGAGCGGCGUCAGCAUCGUGAUCGGGAGGACCAUCCUGACGGCCAGCGAAGGGCAAUUGGGCUGGUUCAAGCGAUUCGUCCUGGAUCAUCUCUACAGGUUCCUGCAGAAGAACUUCAGGUCUACUUGUGCCGCGCUCAAGAUCGAUCAUGCCAAGACGCUGCAGGUUGGGAUGCGCUACAAGAUUGAUUAGAUGGGGUUUAGUUACCUUGUGCGGCGGCUACUGGUAGUAAUUUGUUGCCGAAACUGGGUUUUUUGAGGGGCUCCAGUGAGUUGAGUUGAGUUGAGUUGAGUUGAGUUGAGUCGUGCUAUACCACCAUGAACUUUGGAGCACAAGUUAGUUGGGGUUUGCUUUGGUAGGUUCAAUUGUAGUACACCCCUAAAUUUUUUUUUGCAAAUUUCAAUGUGAAUCGAUGAUGAGGAAGAUCU